CACGCGCGUCCGUAGCGGAGGGGGAAACUGGCUGCACGGACAGAGCCGUCGGAUUGGGGCAGCAGCCGGCGAGUGGAUCCGGCAACUCCCAAGAAUCAGACGCAGGCGGACCGGCGGGUGCCGGGUGCUGGAAAACGAAGGCCAGGCUUUCUCCGCGGGUCUGUGAAGGUCAGCAGCUCCAGCGGGUGCCAGUCAGCUUUAAGAAAAAGUAGAAAUCACUCCUGACUGUACUGAAUAGCAAAAAUUAAGUGACUUUUCCUGUACUGCAAAUCAUGGCACUACCAUUCCGGAAGGACUUAGAAAAGUACAAGGACCUGGAUGAAGAUGAGCUCCUUGGAAAUCUAUCAGAAGUAGAACUGAAACAACUAGAAACUGUUCUCGAUGAUCUUGACCCUGAGAAUGCCCUUCUGCCUGCAGGGUUCCGGCAGAAGAACCAGACGUCAAAGUCCGCCACAGGGCCGUUUGAUAGAGAACACCUCCUUUCAUACCUGGAGAAGGAGGCAUUGGAGCAUAAGGACAGGGAAGACUAUGUGCCCUACACUGGAGAAAAAAAAGGGAAAAUAUUUAUCCCUAAACAGAAGCCUGUACAGACUUUCACAGAAGAAAAAGUAUCUCUUGACCCAGAAUUAGAAGAAGCUUUGACAAGUGCUUCUGAUACAGAAUUGUGUGACCUUGCAGCUAUCCUUGGGAUGCACAAUUUGAUAACGAAUGCACAGUUAUGUAAUAUAGUGGGAAGUAGUAAUGGUGUCGACCAAGAACAUUUCUCAAAUGUGGUGAAAGGUGAAAAGAUUCUUCCAGUAUUUGAUGAGCCACCAAAUCCAACCAAUGUUGAAGAGACUUUAAAGAGAAUUAAAGAAAAUGAUGUUCGUCUUGUUGAAGUCAAUUUGAAUAAUAUAAAGAAUAUCCCAAUUCCAACUCUAAAAGAUUUUGCAAAAGCUUUGGAAACCAACACACAUGUGAAAUAUUUCAGUCUUGCAGCCACCCGGAGCAAUGACCCUGUUGCUGCUGCUUUUGCAGAUAUGCUGAGAGUGAACAAAAAUUUGAAGAGCUUAAAUAUGGAGUCCAACUUUAUUACAGGAGCUGGGAUUCUAGCACUGAUUGAUGCUUUGAGAGAUAAUGAAACCCUGGCAGAGCUCAAGAUUGACAAUCAGAGGCAGCAGUUGGGGACAGCUGUGGAAUUGGAAAUCGCCAACAUGCUUGAGGAAAAUACAAAUAUCCUUAAAUUUGGUUAUCAGUUUACACAGCAGGGACCCCGAACCAGGGCAGCUAAUGCUAUAACAAAAAACAAUGACUUAGUUCGCAAAAGACGAGUUGAAGGAGACCACCAGUAAAUCCACCGAGAUAACAUCUUUGGGAGACUUUAAAAGGUCACCAAGGGUUCAUGUUGGUGAUGUCAGAUGUAAAAUUUUCCUGGAUAGAAGGGAAAAGACUGGAAAUCUUUUUUUUUUUUAACUAUAUGUAUCUUUUUUCUAGUUUACAUUGUUAUCAGUUUCAAAUUGCAAAAUCAAUAGUAGGUGAUAUUUUGUAUUUUAUAACAUUAUUUCUUUCUGCUAAAAUCAGUUUUAAUUUAGCUUAAAUGGUUUGUAAGGAGUCAUGAGUUUAAAAAUGCAAUUGUAAAAAAAGUUUAGGAAAUCAUUUACGUAGAUAGUAUGAACAUUUUAAGGACCGAUCUUUUUUAAAUCAAAAAGGGACAUUACUGCCAUUAGAAUUGCUAUUGUACCUGUUAGGUACAAGACAUUCACAGCUUUCCUUACUCCAUCACAUGGAGCCCUUUCCUGUUUUAGAAUACAUGAACUUGGCAAGAGUGUGCUUUUUGCUUCUAUCAAGAAAGCAAGAUACCAGAGUUUUAAAACGACUCCAAAUCUGGUCAUCGGCUGAGAAAUAAAAGCCGGUCUGUUGGGGAGAGAAAGGGGCCUUCUGCACAUUCCUGGUCACCGCACUUGUCCACUGUGUCACCAGCACCUGGACUUGUUUCAACAAAGUCAUCAGCUUGGCCAGGUUAGUACUUUGUUUAAAAGGACAGUUAUGGCUAAAUUCACUAUAGUUUUUUAUUUCAAUAAUGUGGGCAUUACUAAAUUUUUGUGAAAGCUCAUAGUAAAAAGCAUCGAAGUAGACAAGCUGUUUUCUUCCCUGUAAAAGGCAUACAUAUAGUCAACUCUUGGUUAUUUAGGAUAAUAAAAAAGAAGGCGGUUAUUAAACACAUGACAUCGAAGAUAACAAACAUGAUGGAAUUUAAGUCUGAGGCACAUGCCAAAUAGUCACUUAAACUGAUGCUUACUGUAAAUUAGAAACUGGCAUGUGUAUAAAUUGUGGCACAGUAUCGUGAAAGUUUGUGUGUGCACUGCAGAAUUACAACAUCAAUACUGAAUUGGCAUUCCAUGAAUUUUCCAACCAGUAGGGAAAACUGUUCUUCAUCCAUCUACUUUUUUAAAAA